AUUGUACUCGCCAGAACAACUUAACCUCCAACGAAAUAUGUUUCCGUCGAAAGAUUUAGGAAAAACGGAUUACAUUAGUUUAAAUAUCCAAGAAAGCGCAACUUUCGCACGUGGAACAUCGCGUAGUCUCUGGAGACAAUGGAAUCAGUUGUCGAGAUUUCAAAGAAAUAUUCUUUACUUUGUAGUCAUUACAAUUAUAUUAGUUAUAUUUUAUUUGUUACCUGGCGAUAAUAAGAAUGGAGUGUUAGAUGAAAGUGACUAUAGUAACAUAGAAGUAGUACAAGAUACACUUAAAUAUGAAAAGGCAAUAGAAGAUAUUGUAGUAGAUAAUGCAAAUCAAGAGCAUAAGGGUGGUGGGGAGGUGAUUGAAGAACCUGAAUUCCAACCAGAAAUAAACCAAGUAGACGAUGAUCAAAUUGGAGAACCACCUCAGCCUAGGCCAAACCCCCUUAGAUUCAAUGGUCCACAAAAUAGUAGACAAAGAGCUGUAGUUGCAGCCUUUAAACAUUCGUGGAAUGGGUACAAAGAAUAUGCAUGGGGUCAUGAUAAUGUGAAACCCAUAUCAAGAAAAUAUCAUGAAUGGUUUGGCUUAGGUCUUACUAUAGUUGAUUCCCUUGACACAUUGUACAUAAUGGGUUUGAAUAAUGAAUUUUUAGAAGCCAGAACAUGGGUUGAUAAGAAUUUAGUAUUUACUUCGAAUAGGGAUGUUAAUUUGUUUGAAGUUACAAUUAGAGUAUUAGGAGGUCUGUUAUCAGCAUAUCAUCUCUCAGGUGACAAGAUUUUUUUAAAUAAAGCUACAUCGUUAGGAGAACGUAUGAUGCCAGCAUUUUUAACAUCAUCCGGAGUUCCUUUUUCCGAUGUAAAUCUUGGCACUAAAACUGCGCAUAGUCCUAAAUGGGGUCCUGAUAGUAGUACCAGCGAAAUUACAUCUAUUCAAUUAGAAUUUCGUGAUCUAAGUCGUAGUACAGGGGAUCCUAAAUACGAGGAAGCAGCUGCAAAAGUUUCAGAACAUGUUCAUCAGUUGGAAAAGCUUGAUGGUUUAGUACCGAUUUUUAUUAACGCUAAUACUGGAUUAUUUAGAGAACACGCAACAAUUACGCUUGGCGCACGUGGCGAUAGUUAUUACGAAUAUCUAUUGAAACAGUGGCUUCAAACUGGGAAGACUAUCAACUAUUUACGAGACGAUUAUUUGCUAGGUAUUUUUGGAACUCAAAAGCAUUUAAUAAAACAUACAGCCAUUAAUAAAUAUCUCUUCAUCGCGGAACUAGUUGGAGCCAGUAAAGAGAUCAGACCAAAAAUGGAUCAUCUAACAUGUUACUUAGGAGGCACUUUAGCUUUAGGAGUGCAUCAUGGUUUGCCAUCUGAUCAUAUGGAUCUUGCAAACGAACUUGUUAAGACUUGUUAUCAAACGUAUGCAAUUCAGCCCACAUUUCUUGCUCCAGAAAUUACUUAUUUCAACAUUCAGAAAGUUGAUGGAGAAAAUUCAAUGGAUAUGUACGUAAAGAUAAACGAUGCUCACAAUUUGCUCAGACCAGAAUUCAUUGAAAGUCUCUUUUACAUGUGGUAUUUUACUGGAAAUAAAACGUUCCAAGAUUGGGGAUGGCAAAUAUUCCAAGCUUUUGAAAAUUAUACGAAAGUUGAAAAGGGAUAUACCAGUAUCGGUAAUGUACGAAACGUUGAUAAUACUCGACAACAGGAUAUGACUGAAAGUUUCUGGUUUGCCGAAACUUUGAAAUAUUUAUAUUUGCUAUUCGACGAUACAAGGCAAUUGAUUGACCUAGAUAGAUGGGUAUUCAAUUCCGAAGGACAUCCGCUGCCGAUUUAUGAAUCGUAACUAAAUUGAAACAUGAACUAUCAUGUAUAAAUUUACACUAUUAAUGAAUUCUUAAAUGUCUUUUAAGGCCAGUCAAUAGAUACUGUAAUAACGCAGGCAAAUAAGAAAAAUUAGUAAAAUUAAUGUACUCUAAAAUACAAAAUAGAUCUGAACUUCAGGCUAAUAAUCUUCCACGUUAAAACAAUUUUUCAAACAUUUUUCGUGCAUUAUACUAUGAUAAAAGAAGCACAGAAAUUAUACAUUUACUAGUAACUAACGAUUUAUACUCAAUUUUUUACUCAUUUUUCAAUUCAGAAGUGUAUUUUCCAGUUGAUCAUUAUAAUCCAUUCUGUAAUUAAUCAUUUAAUUCGAUGAAUAUGAAACAUAUUGAAAAUCACACUUGUGAACAGUGUAUCAAAAUUGUUGAGUACAAUAUUGUAAAAUAUAUAAUAAUUGUUACAUUAUUUGUAGCCUGACAUACCAAAUCCUUUUCGAAAUUCUUUACUUAUAGUGCAAUUCGUACAUCUGUAGAAUCGUUUAGUCACACUGAUAACUUGUGAAUUCAUUCAGCUUGAAACCAAGUGUUACUUAUGUUACUUUCAAUUAUCCUAGUCAAAUUUGAUCUUGUUUAUUAAUAAAUAACAAAUACAUUUUUUACGAUUGUAAUACGUGAAUAUUUAUAUUUAUUAUGGGAAUAUUCACAAUAAAACAAUAUACCACACGCACGUGUGGUAUAAAUAUCGACUAUCACUAUAAAUCUGGAGUAAUCUUAUUCUUAUUUAUUGCACAUUUUUGUACAAAAUAUCAAUAAAAAAUAUUCACGUGACUUAUGUAUAAUAAACACUGUAAUGUAGCUUUUAGUAAGGGAAUGUUAUCGAAAUAGUUAUCCUAUGUAAAAAAAAAA